AUGCCCUCAACACAUAACACAGAAAAGCCGUGGGAUACCGACGACAUCGACAAGUGGAAGUUCAAGCCCGAAGACAACAUCGGCGGCACCUUUAGCGAGGAAUCCUCCUUCUCCGUCCUCUUCCCCAAAUACCGCGAAACAUACCUCAAGGCAUCAUGGCCGCUGAUCACUCGCUCGCUGGAAAAGAUGGGCGUGGCCUGUACUCUGGAUUUGGUCGAAGGUAGCAUGACCGUCAAGACGACACGAAAGACAUACGAUCCCGCCGCCGUCCUCAAAGCCCGCGACCUCAUCAAACUGCUCUCGCGUAGCGUGCCCGCACCCCAAGCCGUCAAGAUCCUGCAGGACGACAUGGCUUGCGAUGUUAUCAAAAUCAGAGGCCUGGUGCGUAACAAGGAGCGCUUCGUCAAGCGCAGACAACGCAUCCUGGGUCCCAACGGCAGCACCCUCAAAGCCCUCGAGCUCCUCACAUCCUGCUACAUCCUGGUCCAAGGAAACACCGUUUCAGCCAUGGGCGGCUACAAGGGCCUCAAGGAAGUGCGCCGUGUAAUCAUGGACUGCAUGAACAACAUCCACCCCAUCUACCACAUCAAGGAACUCAUGAUCAAGCGCGAGCUAGCCAAGGACCCGGAACUCGCAAACGAAAACUGGGACCGCUUCCUCCCUCACUUCAAGAAGCGCAACUUGAGCAAGAGACGCGUGCCCCACGUCGUCACCGACAAGACCAAAAAGACAUAUACACCUUUCCCGCCCGCCCAGGAAAAGAGCAAGGUCGAUCUGCAAAUCGAGUCCGGAGAGUACUUCCUCUCCAAGCAAGCAAAGGAGAGACAAGAGAAGCAAAGGAGGGAGGACGCCAUGCGCGAAAAGAUGGAGGAGAAGAGACUGGCCAGACAACAAGACUACAUUGCUCCCGACGAGCCCGGCGAGGAAAAGGAAAAGAAAGAGAAGAAGGAAAAGAAGAAGAGAAAGCACAAGGAUACCGAAGAGGAGACGAGGAAUGCCGAUGCUGGUUCCUUGUCCUAG